GUUCGUUCUCAGACGGAUCGGCGCCCGCGCACUCACGCGUCGCUUUUCGUAGACUCUCCAUACUAAAAUCCGUGGUACUUGCUGAAAUAUUUUUAGUACUUAAAAUAAGUGAGUUAGCUUGUAAAAUGACUACGGACACUAGCCCCGCUUUAAAACAAGACCAAAAAAUGAUGUUGGAGAACGAAACUAAAGACGUGGAGAGCCAGAAAGUUGCGGAAGACCCACUAACAAAGGCAAUCGGAGCCAUCGGCAAGUGGCAGAUCUGGAUAUGCUUCGUCGUCUUCCUGGUAAAGUUCCCGGUGGCAUGGCACCAGAUGAGCAUCAUAUUCCUUGCGCCACCUAUGAACUUCACCUGCGUAAGCGAAGCAACAGAAGCAGCCUUAUUUGACAACCAGUGCCAAGCUACGUGUUCAAAGUACGAAUACGACCAUAGCAUCUUCCAAGAGACUAUCAUAUCGCAAUGGGACCUGGUCUGCGACCGAGCCUGGCUCAAGAACCUCACGCAGACAAUAUUCAUGCUCGGGAUUCUCGUUGGCAACAUGGUGUUUGGACAUCUUUCCGACAGGUUUGGGAGACGCAUGCCGUUCCUGGCAGCUGUAUUCCUUCAACUGAUAUCCGGUGUAACAACAGCGUACUCCGUCAACUGGUACAUGUUCACGGCACUGCGGUUCUUGCUCGCAGUCGCUACCGGAGGCACCAUGGUCACGAGCUUCGUCCUAACUAUGGAGCUCAUCGGAGCUAAGUACCGAGAAACGGUCGGAAUCAUCUACCAAAUUCCAUUCAAUCUCGGCCAUCUUUCGCUACCGUUGUUCGGCUACUACCUUCGAGACUGGAGCACGUUCCAACUGGCGAUAUCUCUGCCAUCCAUCCUGUUCCUGAGCUACUACUACCUGCUACCUGAAUCGCCGAGAUGGCUUAUGACUGCCGGCAGGACUGACGAAGCUGUCAAAAUCAUGGAAGUGGCAGCUAAGAGAAACGGUCGCCCUACAGAAAACAUAGCGUCAUCCACACAAAAGAUGAUUGUAGACGUCGGCGGCAAGCAUGAGGAUCACGCGACGUUCAUAGCGUUGUUCCGCACACCGAAGCUGCGCGCACGCACCCUCGCCAUCUGCUUCAACUGGUUCGUCUGCGGACUCUGCUUUUUCGGAGUCUCCCAGUACAUCGGACAUGUCUCCGGAAAUAUUUUCACCAAUGUCGCCAUCUCAGCCGCUAUUCAGGUUCCUGGCACCUUGAUAUCCAUCUACGCGAACAGAAUCCUCGGCCGUAAAAUUACGCUCAUCUGCUCCAACUGCGUCACUGGGUUCAGUUGCAUCCUCAUCACCAUCGUGCCGCAAUCCAGCGCCAGCCACCUCACCCUCGGCUGCAUAGGACUAUGGGGCAUGAGCAUAUCCUUCGCUACUGUCUAUCUAUACGCCGGAGAAAUAUUCCCAACAGUUGUCAGAAACUCCGGAGUAGGCCUGUCUUCUACUGUAGCCAGAAUAGGUUCCAUGGUAGCACCCUUCGUCGCUACUCUAUCCCACACCAGUCCACUAUUACCUCCUAUUACUUUUGGAAUAAUUCCUUUAAUCGGAGCUGGACUAUGUGUCAUAUUGCCUGACACUCGUGGGAAGAAACUCCCCGAUACGUUGGAGGAAGGUGAAGCGUAGAAUUCUCCGAGAUCUCUUGUUAAGCUUAAGAGGCUUUUAAGCUAAAGUAUUCGUUGUGCCUUGCGUGAGGAAUGUUUGUUAUGAUAUAAUACUAAGUAAGAAGUUUAAUAAAGUUAUAAAGACGACGCGAGUACUAAUAUAAUGUUUCAAGGACUUCUCUGAAAAGCCUUUUCUAAAUAUAACUGGAUUGAACAAUGAACACGUUUUACAACAAUUUUACAUGCUGUAGUGCCUUAUUCCAGUGUUAGGAUUGUAAGAAGUCUAUGUACAUAGGCUGUGAUAUUUAAAUUAGGAUUAAGUAAAAUGUUAUAAAUAUA